AUGAUAUCUGUUAACACACGACAAGAUUCUGCUCUCCAAUUGUCAACAACAUCUCAUUCAACUAUAAUGAAUACCGCUAGCGAUAAUACCUCUUCACCUAAAACCAAGAAUCAUCCGGAUGAGAAUAGAACCCGCCAAACUGGGCCUUGGUCAAAAGAAGAAGAUGAUAUUUUAUUAGCGUUGAUUAAAACAAUGGGUAACAAACAUUGGAAAGCAAUUGGUGAAAAGCACGGUCGGCGCGAUGGAAAGCAAUGUCGAGAGAGAAUGAGAUCUAACACACGACAAGAUUCUGCUCUCCAAUUAUCAUCAUCUCGUUCAGCUACGAUAAAUACCGCUAAUAUUUCAUCUAAAACUGAGAAUCAUCCAGAUGAUAAUGGAACCCGCUAA